AUCAAACACAUAAGAAUGAUUAAAACGAGUAAUAUUACCUCUGAUGUUUCGAACAACGCAAGAAAAAUCACUCCAGGGCCGUAUCGUGCCACAAAACUAUGGAAUGAAAUCGUUCACCAGUUUCGUGACGGGAUGCCAUGCCGACGUCAUCGGCGUCACCUGAAAAUGUACAACUCCUGCUUCCCCGCCAACGACGCCGUCGACUUUUUGCACGAAAUUUUGAAAAGCAAUCACAAUAUUGGGAAAGACGUUACACGCCAACAGACACUUCAGCUUUUGAGAAAGUUUUUGAAAAACCACAUUAUUGAAGACAUUAACGGUAAAUGGGGGAGUGAAAACUUGGUGGAUGACAGCCAUCUUUAUAGAUUUAGUGGCCACUUGAUGCCAGCAAACAGACAACCACUUUCAACAGUUAACGAAAACGUCAAUCACAACAGAGUUUCAAAAAAAUUAAAAUCUAAAAUAAAAGAACCGAAGAAUAAAAAAGAAACAAAAAAACAAGAAAGCGAUCGAGAAUCAACGUGCAGUUCCGGUUCGUUGACUCCCUCCCCGGCCCGCCGCUUCAGCAUGCGUCCUCUACCCCCGGUCCCACAAUGCAAAGUUGAGCCCCGAGUUUUAACGGAGCAAGAAGAGGACAAAGUAUGGAAAGACAUUGUUUUGCAGCGAAUUAAGAAAUCUAUGAAUUUAAAGUCACUUGAAAAUCUUAUGCAAACUCAAGAUAUUAAUGGUGGUUGGGUUAAACACAAUGCCACAAAAGUUGGUAAGAGUGGGGUGGUUCAAGUUUCUAUUGAUGAAGAUCUACCUUACUGGGCUCUAAGUGCAAUGACAUGUCUCGCUAAUUGGCCGAAUGGCAAAGACACAGGCCUUCCCUGCUACAGAGGUUUCGAACAUGACGUAUUUAAAGCGAUUUGUGAUUUCUAUUGCUACGGGCGUUCUACCACGAAACCAACAAACCAAUCAAAUCACUCGGACCAACAUAUCUACUCAUCCAUAAAAACGAGCGAACCGUUACUUACAUAUGAUCUCUAUGAGCUAUUCACGAACAUCUUAUGCAUGGCGCGACCGGAAACGAAAGAGGUUGCCAUCGAAUGUUUACAACUCUGCCUCAUGCUGUUACCACCUAGCAACAGAAGGAAACUUCAUCUGUUGUUAAGAUUGAUGGCAAAAGUUUCAGGGAAUCCUCAUCUUACUAAUAUGAGCAAGAACAUGCCUACAAGGGUGUUGCUUCUCCACACAUUCUCACGUCACAUUCUCUCCUGCUUUGAAGAGGUUUAUCUGGAUGAGUUGCUCGCAAUGAGACUUGUAACAUUUCUUAUUGACCACCAUAAAGAUGUCAUGGAGGUGCCAACUGGUUUGGUUGACAGAGUGAAUGAAAAAUUGGAAAGAUUGAGAAGGCCUGUUAUUAGAUACGGAGACGGGGACAACGAAGGCUCGUUCGUUCAAUAUUCAUAUUUCCCUGGAACGAACACAAAACUUGCGCACGUUGAAAUACUCAGUCGUUCAAAGUCAGUUGAAGCCAUCAAGUCACUUACCACGGGCCCACGUGCCAAGUUUAAUGAUGGGGAUGUGAAAGAAAAAUCUAAACAUCGAAGAUCCGUCACGUUAACCUACACCGAGGAAGAAGCGCAACCGGCCACUAGAGCGCGCCACAGACGUAGCUCAACCAUUUCAACGAAGAUGUUCAACUUGCGAGCGAAAUCGAAAAACCCACUCAAGCCUGCGCAAUCUUGCCCAGAUAUAACAGACCGUCUUACCCCGCCUUCCCCCCCAACAUUGCCACCAAAAACAUUUUCGAGUUCGAGUCGGAAUAUAAAAUCUCUUAUUAAUAAAUUGAGGAGAAACAGAUCAUAAUUUUUACACCCCCCUCUCAUGCGUAGCUACUUUUACCUACCCACCUCAUGCUUAAAAAGUUCCAAUUUAUUGUGUUUUUUAUCAAAUACUUCAUACUUCAAUAAUAAGUUGGAUCCAAGAUUUAGCGUUUUGCCGCAAACUCGGAUUUGUUUUCACUCUUGCAUUCUCUCAUAAAAUCCUUUGCACUGACCCAACAUGUUAUAAAAACAUUAUUCUCAUACUUUUGCUACAAGUUGAUAUGCCUGCGUGACAUGCAUGUCAAAUGUGUUAAAUUCAACCAAAAUCUGAUAUGCGAGCAACAAAGUUGAUCCAUCUUCAUUCAAAUUGUUGAUGUAUUGUCAUUUAACCCGGUAAACCAAGUAACUAAUUGGUAAUAAUCUCAAUAAUGCUUCUGACAACUUUUAUUCGAUGCUUACGCUCUUAAACUUUUUCUUUCUCCCUUUUUGGAUGAUUUGUCACUAAAACUGACGGACGCGAAAUGUUUCUAACCCCUAACACUGUUAACUAUUACUGCCAUUAAACUAUGAAACCUAA